AUGGGGUCUGAUUCAAAGAAUUUACAGAGAAGUCAAUCUGUUAGUACUUUGAAAUUAUUAGGGCAAAAAUUAUUAAAUACAAAAUCUCAUGAUAAUGCACAAUAUUUAGAUAAUAGCUCAACUAAUGGUAUAACUCCUUUGAGGAGAAAACCAACAAGUUCUAAACCGAAUAGUUCUAAAACUGCUACUGAAAAUGUCGUAACAGACCAUGACACUAGACAUAGAUCAAGUUCCAUCUUUUCGAGAUUGAAUAAUAACGGGAGUCCCUCAGGGAAUGGAUCUCCAACUACAAUUCGUCCUGUGAAAUCAAGUGCCGCUAUUGUGAACCUGAUGGCUCAUAGUAGUAAUCCAUUCGUUAAAAAAACAGCUGUAAGAAGUGAUGAAGAUGAAGAUGAAAAUGGAGAGUCUGAGUCUGAAUCUGAAUCUGAUACUGAUUCGGAUAAGGAAACAGAAAAUUUGAAAAGUAAAGAUAUGGAUGCAAAUGAUAAUGAACUUGUAAAAAUCAAUCCCGAUGAUGCAGUUCAUACCAUUAACUCUACUGAACAACAACAUCAUCACCAUAAAGAAAAAUCUCCUAGUGUUGUUGACCAUCAGCAUCCUCACCAUCAUCAUCAUCGUCAUCAUCAUGAUAAUGAAGAUUCUGCAGAAGAAAAUAGCGAUAUCACCAGUGAACAUGGUCAUCACCAUCAUCAUCAUCAUCACCAUCAUCACCAACAACAUAACAAUAUUGAUAAUAUUGAUAAUAUUGAGAAUUCCUCCUCGGUUACACUAGGAACUAACGAAUCAUCUUCAAAUGCCUUACCUCACAUAAAUGCUAUCGAUAAGAAAAUUGAAUCAACAGAGACAGAGACUGCCAAGACUACCAAUACAACGUCAAAGGCACGUCCUCAUCACGUUUCUGUUAGUAAAAAAUUGAAUAAGCCUUCAACUGAUGCUUCUCUUUCUACAGAAGAACAUCAUAAGAGACUACCUCAUAGAUCCAAGAGUUUUGCUACUCAUAGUCUUUCAGGUGAACUCGCUUUGUCUAACCUAGAUUCUUCUUCUUCAAGAAAUAGUAGUCAAACUAAUUUAAUCUAUAACCCAUACGGUUUAAAUCCCAACGCUCCAAGUAGACCAGGAACAGCUUUUGCAGAAACGGCUGCCCAAGAUGGUAACGAUUUGAGUUUUUAUUUACAUGAUGGUAAUGAAAAGAUUCGUAUGCUGCCUUUACCGAUUGCUAAUCCAAAUGAUUGGUUACCUGAAAAUUUACAUCAAUAUAGUAUUACAUUAUCAGACAAUUUUGUAUUUGACCCAAAUAAUAAGCCUAUAGGUUCGGGUGGUUCCAGCGAAGUGAGAAAAGUUAGAUCAUCAUUCCAAAAGAAGGAUGUAUAUGCUUUAAAGAAACUGAAUAUGAUAUACCAUGAAACUCCAGAUAAAUUUUACAAGAGAUGUUCGAAAGAAUUUGUUAUUGCAAAACAACUAAGUCACAGUAUUCAUAUUACUUGUACAUUUGAACUUGUUAAGGUUCCUACUACUACGUAUACUACCAGAGGUUGGGGGUUUGUUAUGGAACUUGGUAAAUGUGAUUUAUUCCAAUUGAUCGAGAAGACAGGUUGGAAAAGUGUCCCAGUCAAUGAAAAAUACUGUAUCUUUAAACAAAUUGCCAACGGUAUUAAAUUCUGUCAUGAUAAUGGUGUUGCUCAUAGAGAUAUCAAGCCAGAAAAUGUAUUAUUAUCACCCGAUGGUGUAUGUAAGUUAACAGAUUUUGGAAUUUCUUGUUGGUCUCAUGAAAUCCCAGAUGAUUUCACAUCUCCAAUUAAAUUAUGCGAAGGUAUGCUAGGCUCUCCACCUUUCACUCCACCUGAAGUAAUGUAUUUCGAUUCUAAGAAACAUUACCCAGAAAAAUUCCAAAAACCAUUUAAUCCAUUAAGCAUGGACACAUAUGCACUGGGGAUAAUGCUGUACACAUUGGUGAAUAAUGUGAUUCCAUUUAUCGAAUCCUGUAAUACAGAUGCUAGAUUCAGAGACUAUGAUCAAUCCUAUAAUAAUUUCAUUCAAUAUCAAAACAAGACCUUUAGAGUCAAGGGUUCGCAUAAGGCAGGUCCAGGUGCAGAAUAUAGUAUGGCAAGAAAUUUCCAAAAUGGUGAUGCAUCUCGUGUAGCAUGGAGACUAGCAGACCCGGAUUAUGAAACGAGAUAUACUAUGGAAGACCUAUUUGAAGAUCCUUGGUUCCAAAGUAUUCAAACUUGCGUAGACCCUGAUGACCACAGUUAUAUCACCAAGAGACCAAUGAUCAAAGUUUCCUCAGUCCCUGGUGCUCAGUCUCCAAUACCAGACGCCACUCCAGGUAGCGAAGUUGCAAGCGUAACAUCUUUAGUUUCAGGCUCUCCUCAACCUAGUGCUAAUCCACAUGAGUCUAGUGUUGACGAUAAAUCUGUUACUAGCUCUGUAAAACCAAGAUCUAUGGUAGAAAUAGCUCAAGCACCUAUAAAACCAAAGACAAGCAAGAAAGUAAAGGAUUUGAGUAAACCUAGUGAUAAUAUCUCUACACUCGAUCCAGCCUUGAAGAGCAGAUUAAAUAAAAUGGAUAUUGAAGAUGCCCAAGAAUCCGUCGAUAAUAUUUUGGACAAGGUAAUACCUUCCACACCAUCUGAUCAAGAAAUAACAAAAGAUGGGGGAAAGAACGUUGCAACAGAAAAUAAACCUGACAUAGCUGCAUUAUCUAAGAAACUAACUUCGGCUUCUAUAAGCAGCAAUGCCUCCGUUGCAUCUCCAAAUAGGACUACUGCUAACAUUACAACACCGGCAACAAAGAAGUUGGUUAUUCACCACCACCUGGAUAUAACAAACAGCGUAGUGUCUCCAAUGUCAUUUAGUAACGUAGUUUCAAGGUAG